GACUGGUUGAAGACCAGAAAUACAUAAGCGUUCAGCCGUAACUGCUUGAUCUCCGAAUAGAUAGCCACCCGCCUCAACUUCCUGCUGCCCUGUCAGUAUUUGCUAACGACUUUCGCGAUCACAUAAUAUAAUUACCCUUACUACGAUGCGCCUUCUACACCGCCUGCCGGGGGACACCUUCGAGCUGACGUCUGUCGAUGACGACCAUCCGCCGCCAUACGCCAUCCUCUCACAUACUUGGGCAGAAGAUCAAGAAAUCACGUACGAAGAGUUGAAAGCUGGUAGAGGCAGGGACAAGACAGGAUUUGACAAGAUUCGUUUUUGUGGUGAACAAGCUGCAGUGGAUAGACUGCAUUACUUUUGGGUAGAUACUUGCUGUAUCGACACUUCUUCAUACGUCGAACACAGUACGGCGAUCAAUUCGAUGUUCAAGUGGUAUCAGCGCGCGUCCAGAUGCUACGUCUACCUGUCCGACGUCUCAGUGCCUGAGCUGGUUACUGACGCCUCGACUAUGCGGGUUACAUGGGCGUCCGCCUUUCGAUGCAGCCGAUGGUUCACACGUGGCUGGACGUUACAAGAGCUUUUGGCGCCCCCCAUUGUGGAAUUCUUCUCGAGAGAGGGCAAACUUUUAGGUAGCAAGAUAUCCUUGAAACACGAGAUCUAUGAUAUCACCGGGAUACCACUCCGCGCUUUAGGAGGGCAGAGUCUCGCCAACUUCAGCGUUGAGGAACGGAUGAGAUGGGUGGCCCUGCGCACAACAACAGUAAAGGAGGACAUUGUGUACUGUUUGCUAGGGCUCUUUGGAGUAUUCCUGCCACUCAUAUAUGGGGAAGGAAUACCGAAUGCAAGGAGGCGGCUAAAAGAGGAGAUUCAGAAGCACCGAGACCACAAUGAUAAUAUCAGCACGAAAAAGGUCGAACGCUCCCUUCCUAUUAUCUUACACCAGUGCCCUACUUUGUCGUAGAUGUUAUACUGGUUCCAAUCUUGCGGUCCACAUUUCGUCGCGACGGUCUCCGGACUUCGUUUUUCGAGUCCCCUCGCCCAGUUCACGCCGGGAGGCUUCAGGCUUCGGUGGUCUAUAGGGUGCUGGGCGAUGGCGAGC